UUACUAUCUUCAUCCCGAACUAACCAAGGUGAGCCUCCAUCUUGCUCUCUGAUAGGUCACCUAUACCUCCCUGAGGGGUGGAGUUACAGCCUUUGGGCCUUUUGGUAUUUGCUGAAACAAUAAAGCACCUGUCGUCUCAUCCGAGAGGCAGGCAAAACAGAAAGGAGAGAAGGAAAGAGCAUUUAUUUUAAGCGAGAGCUGCUGCCCUGAAGUCACUUGGUGAAACAGCAUCUCUCCUCCAGGCAGGAAAACACAGAACGGAUGAGAAAGACGCAGUUAAAGACGAUGAAACUUUUAUUAUUAGUAGCGUUUGCAGGGAUUUGCACUGCUCAAAACGACAUCACUCUGUCAGUGUUUACGGUGACAUCGAGGAGCAUGGAGGUGCAGUGGAGCGGCCCUUCUAGUGCCAGCUCCUACAAGAUCACAGCAACCCCCAAGAACUCCCUUGCUGGUCCAGUUUUUGCCCAGUUCAGCGGCAACACAGUGAUGGGUUCCCUUAACUCGCUAUCCCCAAACACAGUGUACACCCUGCAGGUAGAUGCCAUGGACAAUGCACUGCACGUCCUCGGUAGUGCAACGAUAGAGGACACAACAGCUCCUGACAUUCCGAGCAUCAUACAGGUCUACUCCAAAAACAGCGACAGCAUGAUUGUUAAUUUCACCGAGGUCAUCGGGGCAACUAGCUACAUCGUCAGGGCAGAGUCACUGACUGGGGAUUUUUUCUCUGAAACUGAUGUGUCCAACUCUCCGGGCAUCGUGACCCAUUUGCAACCCUAUUCGGACUACCUUCUGAGCAUCAUGUCAGUGAAUUCAGGAGGCAGGAGCCAACCUUCAUACCCCACCAAGGGCAGGACAGUUGUGAUGUCGCCUCAGUUGAACACGUCCUCUCCUAGCAACAACAGCAUCGUGGUGACCUGGCACCCCGUGGAGCAUGCCGUCUUCUACACGCUGGUUUUCAUCCAGGAAGGCUCCAUCAUCCGCCAUCACAUAAAUACCACCAACACCAGUGUGACCUUUGACCAGCUGGCGGCAGGAACCAACUACUGUACCUUGGCAGUGGCCUGGGACUCUGAAAACAGGCAUAGUGAAGAAGUCACUGCCUGCCAGAUCACACGUCCUUCUAGCCCUGCUGUGAGCUACGUUGAGGUGACUCCGGGUCGAACUCUUGGGACCGGUAUCUUCUGGGUUUCUGUGCAGGGGGCCUCCAACUACUUGGCCUGGACAAAUAAUGGCCAAAACUGUUCAACAAACAACAGUUUCUGUUACAUCACUCCUCAGGAGUGUGGUCAGAACCAGACUGUCUCUGUUGUAGCUUACAACGAUGCCGGACCCAGCAGCCCCUCACAACCAGCCAACUACAUUACAAACCCUUGCCAAGUGGAAAACAUCUGGGUGGAGGAGCCCUCAGCAGGGAACUGCUCGGUGGUGUGGGACCAAGUGCCUCUGGUAGAUUACUAUGUGACCUUCAUCAAGAGGGACGACGGGGCGGAGAAGACAUGCAACACCACCAAAUCCAGCUGCCCAUUUUUCUGCAUGUGUGGCUUCACCUACCUCACCAGCGUGUUCCCCUACAACAAGGCCGGCACCAGCCUGUUUGCCCACGUCCGCAACUACACCACUGUUCCUUGUUGUCCGCAGGACGUAACCAUCAACCUGGUUUCUACAGAGACCCUUGAGGUUACCUGGUCUCCGGUCAAAGGGGCCGAGAUAUACGAGACCACUGCUGCAGAGACCAAUGACAUCAUCCACUGCAACGACACAGCGCCAGUGUGCGCGCUGUCGGACCUGAGCUGCAACACGGUCUACUCCGUGAAGGUGACGCCCUGCAGCGAGUUACGAGGAUGUAACAUCACCUGUAAACCACACACACAAGAGACAGCUCCCUGUGCUCCAGAGAUCCUGGAUAUGACACAAACCAGCAGUUCAACAUACACAGUUCUCAUCAGCACUCCCAACUCAGUCAACACCAGCUACACGGUUACAGCCGCCGGUCGCUCUGACAACCACCUGUGUCAGUCUAGAAACGGCUCGUGUGUGCUCACACAGCUGCCCUGCAGCUCAAUCUACGAGGUGACAGCGGUGGCCACCACAGCAGUGGGCAACAGCCUACCUGGGUUCAGUAAAACCUUAGAAACAGCUCCUUGCUGCCCCGCGUCGGUGAACGUGACCCAGGUCACCCAGGCUAUGACCAAUGUGACCUGGUCCGCCAACAGCGGCGCUCGUUCCUUCAUGACCACUCUGAUGUCCUCACUGGGAGAGGCCAAAUGCCACACCCUGGACACCCACUGCCUGAUGGGAUGCAUCACCUGCGGCACCAACUACAGCGUCAACCUGGAGGCCAUCAGCAGCACGGGUCACAAGUCUGAGUGCACAUAUCGUGGAUUCUCAUCCAGUGCCUGUUGUCCAACAGGAGUGAAGCUCUAUCGCCGAACAAACAAUUCGCUCAGAGUUUUUUGGCGUUCUUCAGGCCCUCUGGUCAACAGCAACUCGGUGGGGCUUUAUGGGACCGGGGCCAACUACACCUGCAUGGCACCUGCAGGAAGCAUGUACUGUGACAUACAGGAGGACACCUGCGGAGAUGUCUACACAGUCGUGGUGGCGCCGGUGGGACGGGACGGGGUCAAAGUCACAUUCUGCAUUCCAAGAAGAUUCUCAGUUCCCUGUCCAGGAAGUAAUACUGGAAUGAUAAUCUCCCGUAGAAGACGAAGUCUGAAGUAGUUGAGUGAUUUUCAUCAAACACCUACGCAAAAAGGAAUGACUGUUCAUGCAAGAAGAUAUUAUAAAGACAUUACAAAAUCUUUGGGUGUGUUUAGAAAUGAUUGGCUAAGUUAAAAAAGGCAGACACAACACCAAAGCCAUAUGGUUAUCAGGAGCUUAAACUG